UAUAGUGAUGUUAGAGUUGUAUUGGUUUUGGAGAUUUGGAAAUUUGUUAUAAUUAGGAUUCCAAUUAAGAUUUGAACCAUGCAAGGAAUUUCAUUCACGACGUUUAGGUAUUUUUUUUUAUUAUUACUUAAUUAAGAAAUUAAUCCUUUUUUUUUCCCUUAUUCCAAUUAGGAUUUGAACCGUAGAAGGAAUUUAAUUCAAGACUCGUACAUAUUUUCUAAUUGCAGCAUGAUUAGGAAAUAAAAUCCCUUACGUAAUUCAAAACCCUUUUAAUUAAUACCUUUAUAAAUAUAUAGAGCAUCAACUCGUAGAGGUUUUCUUCAGUUUGGCAUACAGAAGAAACCCUCUCUCUAGCUCUUAGGUUUACAAAAAAACAUGGUGGAAGAAAGUCUACGUGUCUUACAACUAGACCCACCGUUCUCCCCCGAUCCGAUGAAUUCUUGUUAUUUCGAUUCACCAUGUUUAAUGUAUUCUCAGAGAAGCAAUACUUCAUGGAAAUUUUACAUCUCUUUACGCAACGAAUUCAGCUAUUUGGAUUUUCCUGAAUUGAAAGAUGCCGAGAUUGUCUACUCCAAUUAUGGAUGGCUUCUCAUGUCACAGAUUAAUAAUGGCCCUUUAUUUUUCUUCAAUCCUUUGACUAGGCAGAAAUUUCAACUCCCCCCCACCGAAACCGAAGAGCCGUUCGACUCGGUGUGUUUCACCUCUCCGCCAACUAGCUCCGAUUGUUUUGUUUUCGGAAUAUUCGGGUCAAGUCAUUCUGAUGAAACUGAAUACGGUCUUAUUAGAUUUGGAGAUGAAGAAUGGAAAAUAGAAUUGUAUGACGGUUUUAUGUAUGCAAAUUGUCCACCGGUUUUCCACAAUGGGAUGUACUAUUGUUUGGAUGAUGAAUGGAGGAGCUUUAGAGUUUAUGACCCCACUAACCAUGAAUGGACAAUUUGUGGUCACUGCCCUGAAAAAAUUGAAGAUAGUAACGACGACGAGAAAAACGAAGAAAACAAAGAUGAACACAAAGACGAUGAAGAAGAAGAUGAAGGAGUUGAAAGCUUAGGUGACAAAUGUCUCUAUGUUAGCCCCAAUGGAUCGUUUGCGGAGGAUUGUGAUGGUGGUAGUGAUAAGGCAAAUAAGAUAUACUUCAACAAAUUUCACGGCAAAAACGGAGUUUGGUACUCGUUGAGCAGCGGAAUGUACCACUCCGUUGGGGGAGAUUUUGCAAGCAAGGAUGCUUAUGGGCUAACUCAAGUGGACUAUAGCACUUGGAUUAAGUCUACCUAA